UAAAUAUAAAUAAAUAAAUAAUAGAAAUAUCUGUUUUGCAGGAAACUUCAUGAUAUGAACGGCCCUCAUGGCGGAAAGCCGAGUAUCGUUUAACUAGGAGGCCUCCGAUAGACUGAGAGCCCGGCCCGAUCGCGACGAAACGAGGCCAUGGCAAGCAGACAGGUCCGGAGCCGAGGUGCAACCGGCAGCUCUCUGCUCGAAGCUUAUACAUGAAGUUCUGUGGAAAGACCAACCCCCCGCUGGGAGAAGGAUCAUUCCCUCAGAUGGCCAAUUCCCAAGGCUCUGCCAGGCGCUCUCGGAGUCGUAUCUUUCCCUGCCAGCUGGGCUUCUGUGGAACAAGAGCUUCAUGUAUAUAUUCUGCAGUCCAUGAUGCACAGUCUCAAGGGAACCGUAUGCUAUGCUUCUAUCGUUCACAAUGCAUUUCUUACAAGUUGUCUCUCUUUUCGUUGUGUCCUAUAUUCUUUCAGCUAGUGCGGCGCCGUUAAUGAAGCGCAAGCCAUCGAGGCCGGCCUGCCCUCAAAAUGUUCCUCUUCUCGAGGCAGAACAGUUGUAUGUUGACGACCCGGCUGGAUAUCGGAGUCCCUUUUGGAAUUUCGGCGCCAGUGAUGAAGUGAGGAUGGGUGGGACGCCAGGUUAUAAUCCGGAUUCGACGCGUUGGAAUCAGGCGACCAAUUCCCCUUCGCAAGCGGGACCACAGCUAAACAAUUCUGCUUUCCGCGCCCCGGAAUAUUAUAGCGGAGCUAAUCGUGAUCGGAUCUUGAGUUUGAAAACGUAUCCCUGGAAUACUGUCGGCCGAGUAUCAUUCAAACGCUUUAAAGGCGAUAAAGGGGGAUGGUGCACGGGCACGCUAGUUGGAAGGGAUCUUAUACUCACAGCUAGUCAUUGCUUCCCAUGGGGAUACGGCGAUGAUAGAUGGAUGCGAUUCUCGCCGGGUUUUGCAAAUGACACGGAACCGUACGGUGGUUCUUACGUCUCCCGUUGUCGUGGGGUGAAAAAUACUUUCAACGUGACCGGAAUCGACUAUGUUGUGUGCCAUCUUUGCCAACCUCUAGGAGAAAAGGUGGGUUGGAUGGGGACAAGAUGGUGGAAAGACGAGUCCGUUUAUAUGGGUAGAUCAUGGUCGAGCAGUGGCUACCCAGUAGACUCCUAUAAUGGCCAAGCGCAGAUGUUUAUUCCUAGUAUAAAUUUCUUCGAAAUCGAAUACCAUGCCGACCUUGGAGUGGAACUCGAAUCCCUGACCUUCGCAUCUGCAGGUUGGUCUGGAGGACCCACGUGGGGUUACCUGGAUGGACAGCCAACCAUUGUGGGCGUGUGCAGCGGAGCAGAAAGGGACUGUAGCGAGCGGGUUGGAGGCUGCCUUAGUAGCGACACAGAAGACUAUCACGAUGUAUCAGCGGGUGGAAAGCUCAUGACUGAUCUUGUUCUCUACGCAAUGCACCAAUGGCGAUCUGGUUGA